AUGACUUCAGCAUUACUUAAACCUUUAGUAGUAGUCACCGGAGCAUCAAGUGGAUUUGGUGUUGAGAUUGCAAAGUUAUUCAGUGCAGCUGGAUAUCCAUUGUUGUUGGUCGCUCGUCGUUUAAAGUUGAUGCAAGCACUAAACCUACCAAACACUCUCUGCAAGGAAGUGGAUGUCACCGACUACAAGCAAUUUGAAUCCGCUGUCAGAGAAGCUGAAGCCGUCUAUGGAAAGUGCGAUCUUAUGAUUAACAAUGCCGGUGUUAUGCUCCUCGAGAAGAUCUGGGAUCAAGACAUCGAAGAGUGGCACCGUAUGUUGGAGGUCAACUUGAAGGGUGUCAUGAACGGCCACAAGAUUGUGAUGCGUGACAUGAUCGACCGUCGUCACGGUACCGUCAUCAACGUGUCAUCGAUCGCCGGUCGUAAAUCGUUUGGAAAUCACGCUGCCUACUGUGCCACCAAGUUUGGUGUUCACGCACUCAGUGAGACCGUUCGUGAAGAGGCCGCACCCUACAAUGUUCGUGUCAUGGUGGUUGCACCGGGUGCUGCCGAGACCGAACUCCUCGGACACUCCACCAACGAAUCGAUCGUUGAAGGCUACAAAAGCUGGAAGGCAUCGACACUCGACCAAGGAAUCUCAUUGGAUCCAGUACACAUUGCCAGCUCCUGUAAAUUCAUGUAUGAAAUGCCACAAGAAGUCAAUAUCCGUGAACUCGUAUUGGCUUCCACCAAGCAAAACGCUUAA